AUGACGGAUGUUCCAGCAAUAUUAAGUCAGGUUGCAUGUAAUGGGGAAAAACCACCUGAAAAUGGCCAACAAGCAAUCCCUAAAACCAAUGAAGAACCAACUGAUGUGAACAGUACUCUGCCAUUCUGCAGGGAAGAACCCAGUCUGGAAGAUUUACCCCCAGAAGGAAAUCAGCAGGAAAGUGGAAAGUCACAAGGGAAUGUGCUGCUCAACUGGUCCACCGAUGAACAUAUUCCAAAAGAAAACCCAGAAGAGAACCUCUUUAUUGUUCAUAAGGCUAUCACAGACAUUUCUCUUCAGGAAACAAGUGCUGAUGAAAUGACAUUCAGAGAAGGACAUCAAUGGGAGAAGAUUCCUCUGAGCAGCAGUAACCAAGAAAUAAGUAGACAAGAAAGGAUUGUGGAACGACCUUGGGAAGGGAGAGAAGAUGUGGAUAAGAACAAAGCUUAUGAGGCAACUGAAAUUGAAUGGUUAGGAUUUCGGAAGCCCACCCAAGCUGACAUGUUGCAUUCUAAACAUGACCAGGAGCAAGAGGUGUGGGAGGAAGAAAUUAAUAAUGAUGAUGAUGAUUGCAAUGAUGGUGAAGAUGAAGUUCGAGUGAUAGAAUUUAAGAAAAAAUAUGAAGAGGGUUCUCAAUUUAAGGAGGAAGGUGAUGUAAAUGAGGACACCCCACUGAGCAGUCCUGGUUCCCAACCUGUGACACCCGAUGAGCAGCCAACCUUAGGAAAGAAGAGUGAUAUCUCCCGAAAUGCUUACUCAAGAUACAAUACAAUAUCCUAUCGGAAAAUCAGGAAAGGGAACACAAAGCAAAGAAUUGAUGAGUUUGAGUCUAUGAUGCAUUUAUAA